UAGUGAGUGUUUUUGUCCCUCUCACUUUCUCAGGGGGAUCUGGGAGGUCAGCGGACGCUGCAGAAGAAGUGGACGUCGUUUCUUAAAGCUAAGCUGGUUUGCUCAAUGCCGGAGCUCAACUUUGUGUUCAACGUGGUUCAUGACGUGUUUAUUCUGAAAGCACCGCACUGGAGAGACACCGUCAUCUACGGGGUCUUCACAUCUCAGUGGGGGAAUGUGGGUCUCUCUGCCGUCUGUGCAUAUAACAUGAGUUCGGUGCACGAGGUUUUCUCCAAAGGGAAGUACAUGCAGAAGGCCACGGUGGAACAGUCCCACACUAAAUGGGUCCGAUUUAAUGGCAUCAGCCCGAGUCCCAGACCUGGAGCCUGCAUCAACAACCUGAACCGCAUGCAGAGCAUCAACUCGUCCCUGCAGCUGCCCGAUAAAACCCUGCAGUUUGUGAAGGACCACCCGCUGCUGGAGGACCCGGUGCUGCCCAUCGGAAACGGCCCGCGUCUCAUCACCAAAGACGUCAACUACACACAGAUCGCCGUCCAGAGAGUGCAGGCCCUCGACGGCAGCGUCCACCACGUCAUCUUCACCGCCACCGACAAAGGUUCGCUUCACAAAUCUCUGGUGUUGGACGGCGAGGUUCACACGGUGGAGGAGAUCCAGCUUCUGAAAGAGAAAGAGCCGAUUAAAACGCUCCUGCUCUCCUCACGCGUGGGCCGGUUCCUGUACGCUGGAUCAGACUCUGGUGUGGUUCAGUCUCCCACAGCGUUCUGUGAGAAGUACCUGUCCUGUGUGGACUGUGUUCUGGCGAGGGACCCGUACUGCGCCUGGGACCCGCGCUCGGCCUCCUGCCUCAAUAUUUUCCAGCAUAACGCUGAUCCACGGACGUUGAUUCAGAGCCUCAAAGGGGAUGCUGGGAUAUGCCCUACAGGUGUGUCAUGUAGAAAUGUCAUCAGUAUUAAAUUUGUGCUCAAAUGGUCCAGUUUCAGUCUCUGUUUUUAUACAGAGUCCUGUUUGUAUAUGAGAGGGGAAGAGGUGCAUAUGCCGCAGGCAAACCUCGAGGACGCCUGGGAGCACUUGAGAGCAGAUUGA